CUUAAUCACCAAGAAUUAUCCUCUAACUAUGGUAAUGAUUCUUAGUAUGAUGAAAACAGAAAACACCAUGAAUACAUCUUACUGGAGAGCUCAACUUCCACCUGAUACACGCCCCAGAAUUGUCAAUAAAAUUUUGGACUCUCUAAAAAGACAUUUUCCAAUUUCUGUUUCUGGGGGUUUACUUGAACUUCAGAAAAUUGCUCAAGAGUUUGAAGACAAAAUAUUUAUGUCUGCAAUAAGUCAGUCUGAUUAUUUACGGAAAAUAUCUUUAAAGCUGCUUACAAUGGAGACCAAAUCUCAAAGCACCGUUACCAACAAUAUACUGCCUACUCAAGGAAAUUUUGGAAUAGCUCCUAUCUCAGUUGCUGUGUCUAAUGCCCUUAGGAAUCAAAACAACACUAGGCUUAACUUCACUUACAAGACCAAUAUUCCCGCUGAGGUGCCACCGAGCUCUUCUACUGUCCCAUCAUUAGGACAGGAGAAAGAGUAUCCAUUGAUACAGCCUGACCAUUUUAAACGGAAGAGGAUUUCUUUGGGGAAUUCUUCAUAUUCUUCUGAAAGAACGGAGUCUGGAAUCCCCAAAGAUCCUUCUACUACAACGGUUAUUCACGACCAUAAUAACUUGUUUCUUCAAAGUGAAGUUUUGAAUUUUGCAGGACAGAUGGAGCCUUCUAAAGUUGUUUCACUUGGUUUGGAGAACAUCUUUGAUGCCGUGGCCACUAAUGCGAUGUGGCUCAACUCUGUUGCUAACGAAGCUAAAGGUGUUUGUAAGACUUGGCCUCAUGAGAAGAUGAAAUAUGAAGAAGACCUCAAACGUCUCACCGACGAAUUGGUGAAAAAGGAUGAAUUAAUUGCUCAACUAAGGGAAGAGAACAUCAACUUGACAAAGAAGUCGGAGAGGGAAAAAUAUGAACUCUGAUCCCAACUAGAAUCUUCGAA